AAAGCAAUCCCAAACACCCCAUAGGUUCCCCUUCUCCAAAUAUGAUCUCCCUCAUCCCUCAAAUUAAAAGCUAAUAAGCAUUUUCAAAAGCAAUCCCAAACACCCCAUAGGUUCCCUUCUCCAAAUAUGAUCUCCCUCAUCCCUCAAAUUGUAAUGUUGUCCGUUAUCAAAAUUUACCUAAAUCUUGUUUCUUUUCACCUGACUCAUAGUCAUCUAAAGGAAAUUCGCCAGCUGAAAACUUAGAUAACCAAGCCCUUUGACAUUUUUCUCCUCGAAUCAGGUAAAUCAACGCUCUCCUUCACGUCCACCAGAGUUGAAGCUAAUAGAUUGGAGCCUCCCCUCCAACCCCUCUUCCUGUUGACGUCGACCCUUCAAUGAUUCCUCCCGUCAGUAUAAUCUCGAUCCUCUCAAGGGUUCAUAAUUCCAUAAUUCAAGCUUCAUUCCAUUGCAUCUGAAUACGCGUUGUGUUGCUAUCAUUCAGUCUUCAUAAUUCUAUGUUGGAAUCGUUGAUUGAAAUUGAAGAAAAUGAUCCAAUUUUGGUUGAGGUUCAAAUCUCGUUCCUAAAAACUUAUAUGAGACUUUUUUUGCGGACAAAAAUACCCCUGCGUGCUGAAUAUUAGAGCCAAGCUGUUAGUCCUUCAAAUCAUGAGUGAAGCAGUUCCAUCCAGCUACUUGGACCCUUCUUCUCUUGUAUAUCAAUUAGAGUCCAUUCUCGAAUCGGAUCCUUUAAUUGAUGAAGUGGGGUUUGUUCAUCCAUCCCAAUUUGCUUCCAUGAGUGACACUUCACACGCUAAUACUUCUGAUAUGGAUAUGUCUUUCUGGAGUAAAGAUCACAAACUGGGCAUCUCAACCGAAUCAAUCCACCCAUUAUACAUUGCUGCUAAGAAUGCAUUUAUGUCUUCACUACAACAAUAUAAGAUGUUGAUCCCUUUACAUUCAAAGAAAGUGGAUAAUAUCUCAGCCACUUCAUCUCCCCUAACUGGUCUUGAAAACGAACUAAUGAAGCAUAGCAGAGCGCUUUUGCUGCUGAGUUGUGAUUUUGGAACUGCAUGGAAUUGCAGAAAGGAAGUUGUCUUAAGCAAACAAAACAUUAGGCUAUAUCUUGAUGAGCUUUCACUUUCAAGUUUGGUUCUUUCAUGUUCACCAAAAAGCGAGCGUACGUGGAGCCAUAGGCGAUGGGUGAUCAAGAUGAUAGCUGGAAAGUGUACAAAUCUUGAAGAGAUUUUGAAAAACGAAUCUGAUUUAGCUAACAGAAUAGCAGAGAAGUCAAAGAUGAAUUAUCGUGCAUGGAAUCAUCGAUGUUGGUUGGUCUCCUACAUGCCCGAGAGUCAGGUGAUUGAUGAGUUAAUCAAAUAUAGAGAUUGGGCUGGAUUACAUGUUGCAGAUAACUCUUGCUUUCAUUAUCGAACUCGGUUAAUGAGCAGGACAUUAGAGGAUUCAUGGUAUAAACAAGAUUUAAAAGCAACAGAAAUUUGUCAACUUUGGAAGGAAGAGAUAACAUGGAGUGAGAUAUUAAACAAGCGUUACAUAGGUAGAGAGGCCUUAUGGCUUUACAGGCGUUUCUUGUCAGUGUGCUGGAUGAAGCAUUUUGCAGGUCAUAGUCAUACGGGUGGGAGUGGGACCCAUUUGGAUUUAUUUGUGGAAAAUGAAAUAAAACUUUUUCGAUCAUGUAAAAUGAUCCCGGAUAAUGUUUUUGAGGAUUAUCAAGCACAAGCAAUGUUUGCUGCUACUUAUAUAAUGUGGUUGAUCAAGGAAAUGGAUGAAGAUGAAGGUAUGAGGAGGAGGAGUGUAGUGGAAAAGGUAGGAGAAGAAGUGGAACAAGUGGUGAAUAAGACUUUGGAUGAAGUUGUUGGUAACAGGUUACACCAAUUGUUCAACUUAGAAGUUGUUGUAAUCCAUACAAAACUAUAG